UACUAAACAAGUUUAAAUAUUUCGUCAGAUGAAGACAGGUCUCAUACAAACGAAAUGGACAUUAAAACUUGUGGUCUUUUGAUGGAGACAGGUUUUCAUACAAGUUAAAUAGACUUCAACACUAGCGUUUUUAAGGAGACAGUUUUUCACACAAAGGAAAUAAACAUUAACAUCAGCUUCUUAUUUGUUGACUUUUUUAUAAUACAGGAAAUAGACAUUAAUACAAGCGAUUUUACAGAAACAGAUUUUUUAUCAAAAGAACUAGACAUCAAUACUACCAUUUAGUUUUUGGAAACAAUUUUCAUACAAGGGAAACAGACAUCAAUACUUGCAUUAGGAAUAUAAACUUCAUCUAGCUGGAAACAAUUUUGUUACAACGGAAAUGGAUAUUAAUAGUUACAUAAUAAAGAAAACGUACCUAAAACUAAAUUAUUGACAAAAUGAAUUCUGGAUUUCGUUGUAGUAAAUCUAAAUUGUUUUCGUUAUAUAUGCUUCUUGUAUUUGCCGUCAUUAUAACAAUUUUAUCACAAGAAAAUGUACGCUUUGACACGUUUAGGAUCAAAGUGAAAGAAUGUAUAGAUAAGCUUUUCAAAUCUAGCAUGACAUAUGACGAAUCCAAGAAAGUUAAUAAAAUAUCAAUGAAAUCAGAAGUAUCACAAAAUAUCAACACAUCAACGCGCAUAUAUCCGUUAAAAUCGCAGUUAGAAUCAAAAGACAUUUUUAAAGUGGAAAUGGAGCCAGAUUUAAUGAAACUUAUAAAUCCAUCAAAUCCAAAAUUUGCCCUCACAGUAAAUGGAUCUUAUCUUCUUGAAAAUAAGAACCACUGCUCAUCUGUGUCAAAUUUGACAAUUCUUGUUAUGAUCUUAUCAGCACCAAAUAACUUUCAAAAGAGAAUUGCAAUCAGAGAAACCUGGGCAAAUGGAAGCCUUUAUUCUUCGUACGGAACAAUUAAAGUUAUCUUUCUUCUUGGUAUCAUUGAUAAUUCUAUAGAUCAAGAUAACAUUGAGAAAGAGUUUAAGCUCUUUGGAGAUAUUGUUCAGGGAUCAUUCGUAGAUUCUUAUUACAACUUGUCUCACAAAUCUGUUAUGGGCUACAAAUGGGCAACUGAACGAUGUAGAAAUGCUAAAUAUGUUAUCAAAACAGAUGACGACAUUGUAAUCAAUAUGUUCCGAAUAUUCAAAUCUGAUAUUCACAUGCUGUCUGUGAACCAAAAUCAUGUGCAUUGCCUACGUUUAACUCGAUCUAUUGUUUUUAGAGAGAAACGAAGUAAAUGGUUUGUCGAAUCUAAUCAGUUUAAAGGAAGGACUUUUUAUCCGCCAUACUGUAGCGGACAAUACGUACUGAUGCUGAAUGUCAUAGUUCCAUAUCUAUACGAAUCAGCAUCACAAACUCCGCUGUUCUGGAUUGACGAUGUAUUUAUAUACGGACUUGUUAUGGGCAAUAUACCCGCACUGAAAUAUAGACAGAUAACAGUUGAAGAAAUUGGAACUUACAGAAGUUGGGAACAGGAAAAGUCAAACAGCAGUUAUAUAUACCAAGUUACUGAAAGUGUUACUGAGUUAAAAUAUGUUUGGGCAGCUAUUAUGAAGCAAUAUACUUAAAAUGUCGUCAUUAUAUAUUGCGAGACUGUAGAACAACCUACCAAUACCACACAUGAUGUAUCUGUCUUCUUGCAUAAUCAGAGUAAGACAUAUCUGUUGUACGUAUACGUUUUUGU